UCUCCCUCUCUCUCACAGUGUGAGCGAUCUUUAUAGAACGUCCGUUCUCUGCAACAGGCAACGGCUCUACUUUCCGUUAUCUUAUUGUAUAGAAGAUCGGCCACUGUAAACAACUUCACGGUAUUAUUCUCUUCUUUUCUUGGCAACCAAGCGGACAGCUGCUGUAGAUUCUGCGGAAUGUGGUACUAUCAGUAAUGGGUUUAGCAAGGUUUUCGAUUUUGAAGUCACUCUCUUCUCCAAUUAGCACCUGCUAUGCGAGAAAGCAAUUGUGCCCGCCAUCUGUUCGUAGAAUUGCCAAUUACGCGGAUCAAGUGGAGGUGAGACCGCUAUUUACUUAUGCAACCCGUAUCUACCACGCAAACGGACGUGGGUUAUCUCGGAAUUACGUGAAGAAUGGUUUUGGAAUGAUGGGUCUGGAAUCUAUUGUUGGCGGUAGUCAAUAUAGUGCGACCAGUUUUGUUGGUGAACCCAAUUUGCGAGUAGGGCGCAAUGUUUCUUCUAUUGUGAUCAGCCCUGUGUUGAAUUGCCGGUUGUAUUCAUCAUUUUUCGGUGGGAAGGGAGAUAAAGCAAGGGAUCCAGAAGUUCCAGCUGCUUCAGGUGCUGGUGAGCCUGCAGCUCCUGAAAGUGGUGUGGCUGAAAGUAAUUGGGUUGAUAUGGCUAGAGAUGGAUGGCAAUCUGCAAGAGAUGCUAUGUCUUACACUGGGGAAAGGGCUAAAGAAGCCUAUACCGAAUUGACUCCUUAUGUGCAACAAUUGCUUGAUGCGCAUCCCUAUCUCAGAGAUGUUAUAGUUCCAGCUGGCAGUCUUUUGACCGCUACUUUAUUAGCUUGGCUGGUGAUGCCAAGGGUUUUGAGGAGAUUCCAUAAGUACUCGAUGCAGGGCCCGGCUACGUUGUUAUCAGGGACCGCGUUAUGGGGGCCAGCUCCAUAUGAGAAAAGCUUUUGGGGUGCCUUGGAGGGUCCAUUGCGAUAUCUGAUUACCUUCAUGGCAUUUUCACAAAUAGCCGUGAUGAUAGCACCAACAACUUUUUCAUCGCAAUAUAUUGCACCAGCUUGGAGGGGUGCUAUUAUUAUUUCAUUUGUUUGGUUUCUGAAUCGCUGGAAAGAGAAUGUAGUUGCUCGUUCUUUGGCAUAUAGGAAUGUAGCAGGGGUUGAACGGGAUAAAUUAUUAACUUUGGACAAAAUUUCAUCUGUUGGUCUAUUUGUCCUUGGGUUGAUGGCUUUAGCUGAGGCAUGUGGGGUGGCUGUGCAAUCUAUUCUGACAGUUGGUGGCAUAGGAGGAGUUGCUACUGCCUUUGCAGCUAGAGAUAUUCUUGGAAAUGUUCUUAGUGGGUUGUCUGUGCAGAUUUCACAACCGUUUUCUGUUGGUGAUACAAUAAAAGCUGGCACUAUAGAAGGUCAAGUUAUGGAAAUUGGACUUACAACAACCUCAUUACUAAGUGCAGAGAAAUUUCCUAUCACAGUUCCAAAUACACUGUUCUCUAGUCAGGUAAUUGUAAAUAAAUCACGAGCCACAUGGCGUGCCAUGGUCACCAAAAUUCCUUUGCAAAUUGAUGAUGUGGGCAAGAUUCCCCUGAUAUCAGAGGAUAUAAAGAGCAUGCUCAAAUCAAAUUCCAAAGUUUUCUUGGAAAAGGAGCCCCCAUUUUGUUUCCUGUCUCAAAUUGAAAGGUCAUAUGCUGAAUUGACUCUGGGAUGCAAUCUGAAACACAUGAACAAAGAUGAGCUUUACUCCACACAAGAAGAGAUUCUUCUCCAGUCAAUCAAGAUCAUCAAGCUACACGGUGCCUCAUUGGGUAGCAGCUAUGAAGACAGGACAAGUAGGUGACACACGUGAUGUACAAUUGAAGCUUGCAUCUAAUCCAAUUACCUUUUGAAUAUAUUGAGGAACUAAGUUUGUAUCUAAUCCAAUUUACCUUCUUUUUUCUUUCUUUUU